AUGGCUCCGCUCACCCGCGCCACCGCGCUGCCUGCACAGCGACCCGCCGCAUCACAUACGGACAAUUCCGCCGCCAACCUCGAGGCGGAGCCCAGCGCCAUGCGCACUGUCCCCCGAUUCCUUCGGCUCGCAGCCGUCUCCGCGCGCCCCUCCGCCUCCACGCCCGCAGGGGGCCCGUUGCGGCUGGUGCUGCCCGCGGGAAUUGGACGAGCACCGGGCGCCAGCCGGGCACAGAAGCAGGAGGGGGAGCGGCAAGCGGAGCAACCGCGCGAGGAGGCAAUCAGGGGAGCAUCCCCCGCCAGCAGCGCGCGCCCGCUGCUCUCCGCCAAUCUGGGGGCGCAUGGCGCGGCUUCCAGGGGAACCAAGGCGCGGGCAAGGGCGGCGGAUGUGGAUACGGGGGCAGAGAAUGCGCGGGGUCGUGGGGGAGCCGGCAAGGAAGGGGAGGCGGACAGCCGUGACGGUAGCGGCGGUGGCGAGGGGGCGAUGGAGGGGCGGAUGGAGGGGGCGGAGAGGAGGGGGAAGGUGGCAGAGGAGAGGGGAGGCGGCAGCAGUAGCGAGGCGAGCGGAGGGCUGAUAGGGGAGCAGGAUCGGGGGAGCAGGGGGGGCGAGGAUGGGGAGGAGGACGGGGAGAAGGAGCAGAGGAGGCGGAGUGGCGGAGGGCGGGGGGGAGCAGCGGCGGUGAACAGGGGGGCGUGGACGGCGGAGGAGGACGAGCGGCUGGCGGCGCUGGUGGCGGUGCACGGGGCGAAGAACUGGAGCGCCAUCGCUGCUGGCAUCCCUGGCCGGCCUGGGAAGAGCUGUAGACUCAGGUGGUGCAACCAGCUGGACCCGGCAUUGAGGAGGGGCCAGUUCACAGUGGAGGAGGAUGCGCGCAUCAUCACAGCACAUGCCAUCCACGGCAACAAGUGGGCCCUCAUCGCCAAGAACCUUCCCGGACGCACGGACAACGCCAUAAAGAACUAUUGGAACUCCGCCAUGCGCCGCAAGUACCCUCUCCUGCGCGGCCUCCUCUCCGCGCCCGCUCCUGGGCCCCCACAACACUCCGCCUCCCCCUCCCACCCUUCCCCGGGGCAGCCUGAUGGGCAGCAGCAGGGCGAGGGGGAGAGCGCGUACGAGCGCGCAGUGCGGUUUGUGGGGGCCGUGCAGGCGAGAGGCGUGGCGGCGCUGGUGGAGGAGGUGGAGCGCGUGCGGGAGGAGGAGGGCGUGGGGCGCAUCCGCAAGAUCCUGGAAGGUUCGCCCCUGGGGGAUGCGGCGCUGCUGCAGGCUGUGGAGAGGGAGUGGCGCGAGAGAGAGGCGCGCGGGCGAGGGGUGGAGUGCAUGGGUGGAGGCGAAGGGGAGGACGUGGGAGGGGAAGGAGAGGACGGGGGGGUGAGGGAUGGGCAAGUUGAUGAGGAGGAGGGGAGGCCGAUUGAAGGGGAGGUGCGGGUAAGCGAGGGAGACGAGAGGGCGGAAGGAAUAGGCGAGGGAGAGGAGAAUGAGGAUUGGGGGGAUGGGGAACAGAUGGCGCAGGGAGCAGGGGAGCGGGAGCAGGCGGGCGGGGUAGGAGGGGUUGGUGAUGGGGGGAAAGGGCAGCGAAACAAUGGAGGGCUGGGAGCCAAUGAUCAGGUGGUGGAGGAGGAGAGGGAGGGGACGGAAAGGGGCAGGGCGGAGGAGAGAGUUGAGGAGGGGCGAGUGGUGGCAAGAGGAGAAGCGGCGAUGGGAGAGGCGGGAACGAGAGUGGGGCUGGGCGUGGAGCAGACAAGAACCAGUGCAGGCGAGGGUGGCCGUAGGGAGGCAAGGGGGCGGUUGCCUGCUGGUGGGGCUGGGUGGACGGGCGGGCGAGAGGGGGCACAGGGAGUGGGGACUGGUGAGGGCGAGCGGUGUUGUCGUGGGCGCCAUGAAAGGGAGGCAGUGCAGCAGGCAGGACAUGGUGGGGCGAGGGCAGGGGUUGCACCAGGGGAGUGCAGGGCGAGUGAGGCGAGAGAGGGGGGAAGAGGAGUGAAGCAGGAAUUGGAUGAGGGGGUGAAUGACGUGGAAGUGGUGGGAGGAAUGGAAGAGGAGGGUGAGUGGUGUGCGCCUGAGCCACACACCUCCACAGCAUGUGCUCUCCCUCCGCCCCUGCCACACUGUGACGUGCUGCCUGUUGCCAGCCACACCAGUGCCAGCAUCAGCCAUGCGACGAGCGGGGGUGGUGGCAGUGACAGCAGGCAUGCUAGGGGCAUACCUGUGGAGGCGUCUGUUAGGGGUGACCCCGUGCCAUGCAGUGCAGCGGGGCCCAGCAGCAGGAAGAGGCAGUACGAGGCCUGCCGUGAUGAUGGGGGUGAUUAUGGUGGUGGUGGUGCUGAUGCUGAUGCUGAUGCUGAUGCUGCUGCUGAUGCUGCUGCUGCUGCUGCUGCUGCUGGAAGUGCUGGAAGUGGUGGAAGUGGUGGAAGUGGUGGAAGUGGUGGAAGUGGUGGAAGUGGUGGUGGGAACAUGAGCCAGCUCGGGACCCUCGCCUGCCACGUUGAUCGCCGCCUUCGCUUCCGAGCCUCACCCACUGCUGUGCCUGCACCUGCUGCUGCUUUGGCACCACUGCUGCCGCCUUCCACCCUUCCCACCACCCCUACUGUUGCCACCUCCCCCCUCCCUCCCUCACACACCUCCCAAGGCACCACCCAGCAGCCACACACACCGUCACCAUCACCAUCCUCCCCACCACUCACUCCCUCUUGCCCUCCCUCCCUCACUCACCCCCACCACCACCGCUCUCUCGCCCCUCCGCAUCUCUCCUCACGCUUUUCAUUCGCCAUUCUCCUGCCGGGCCUCUCCCACUCCUCUCUCCUCCCUGCUACCCACACUCCCUCCCUUCUCCAGCCCUCUCAACCACACAGUCCGCCAAUGCCCCUUACUUCCCAGGUAGGGGCAGGCCGGGUAGCUGAGAAAUAUGGUGGCGGUGGCACGAGGGGCGUUGGUGGAGGGGGUGGGAGCAUGAGGGGAGUGGGUAUGGGGGCGUUUCAGCUGGGGAAGGCGUUUACUGCAGUGCAGGUGACAGGGGGCGAUGAGAGGAUCCGCAGGCACAGGGGAUGUGAGGGCGAGGAGGGGCGUGGGGGUGAUGAGGGGUGUGAGAUGGCCGUGAGAGUAGGGGAGAGGCGAGGACAAGAGCGGGAAAAGGAAGGGGGUUGCGGAGGGGAUGGAAUGGAGGUGACGGGGGUCAUGGAGGAGGAAAGCAGAGAGCAGCAGGGGAUGGAAAUCUGUGGGUCAGAGCAAGAGAAUGCCCUGUGCUCACACGGAGGACAUAAGACCAACUCACAGCCCUUGCAGCACACGCUGCACCCAGACACAUGCCUUGCUGCAGUCCCAGAGCCAAUGCAAGACUGCCACGUGGCAGGGCAGGGGCGAUGUGGGUCUCGUGUGCGGCGGCACGUGCAUCGAGUAGCGGCGUCGGCAUGUGGGGUGGCGCAUCUGCUGCUGGAGGAGCUGCAGCGGCGGCACGGAGUGGAAACACGGGCAGAUAAGGAAGCGGUGGAGGAGCGGCGAGGGGAGUCAGGGAACGUGAACGGGGAGUUUGGUGAGAGGUCACAGGCGGGAGAGCUGGUGGGGGAUGCAGGAUGUUGCAGGGGUGAGCGGUGCUGCUCGGUGAGCAGUGGUGGUGAGGGUGCAGCAGAGGGCAUGGCGUGCCGGCAUCUGCUAGAUGCCAUGCUGACUCUGGGCCCUAGACCGCGCAAUUGUCGCCGCAAUCGCCGCCGCGAGUCCCCCUGCUGGGUGCGCCGCGUCAUGGCGAGGGGCGAGGCGCGGAGAGGUCCCGCCCGGGCCUCGGGGAAACGACCGCACGCCGCCUCGUCGCGAGCAGCAUCGUCGCAUAGCACGUCGCACGGCGCGUCGUCAGCGUCGCCACGAUCGCCGUCACCACAAUGGCACAGUAGGGGCCCCGCAAACGGCUUCCCCCCAUGGGCGCGGCGUGAGAGCGCGGGGAGCGCGUUCGCGGAGCGAGCGGGCCGAUACUGCGCGGUCGCGUGGCGCGUGGCGGGGGCGGCAGCGCGGUUGGCGGCGGCGGCGGGCUUGUGGGCGGCGGUUGCGGCGGCGGCGUUCGUGAUCCGCGGGUGCGCGUCGCUGGUGCCGCCGUCGCUGGGGUCGGCGGUGCUGCCGCUGGUGGGCGCGCUGGUGGGCAUGGGUCGCACCCUCGGCUGGCUCGUGCUCCUGCCCUCCCUCGUACGCUCCCCCCCCGCCCGCCCCCUCGCCCGCCCCCUCGCCCGCCCCCUCGCCCGCCCCCUCGCCCGCCCCCUCUCCCACCCCCUUCCAUCCACCCCAUGCCUCACACAUCCCCUCCUUGUGGUGCUGGUGCUGCUGUCGUUCUUCCUGCCGCUGCUGCUCACACUCGCGCUGCUGGUGCUGCUGGCGCUCUUCACAGCGCUGCGCGCCAAGCUGCUGCUCUUCGCCCUCGCCACCGCCCUCACAGCAGGUCAGCCCCGCCCCAUUCAAAGCAGGGAGGAUUGUUCAAACACUAACUGUUCCCCUUUCUUGCCCACACACACGGACAGGCUCGCCUCCCCUUGCUCCCCUUCUCGUGCUCACCUGCUCCUCCAACUCCCCAACGCCAACCCCUCCCACCUGUGCUCUCUUCCCCCUGUUCUCCCGCGUGCUCCCGCACCCACCCCCCUGCAUCCACCAGGGAUAGUGGCAGCGAGCGGGUCUCCUCGAGCAGCACUGCUGCUGCUGGUGGCAUCGACGGUGUACCAUGUGGUGGUGCGCGCGGGGCUCACCACGCUGUGCCUCACGCUGCUCGCCUCCUUCCUCGCCGCCGACCUGCUGCUCCUCCUCGCCUCCUCCCUCCACGACGACCCCGCCCAACCCGACUCAACCCCUCCGAACCAGUCCCAAGCAAGCGCGGCUGGGGGGGAGAAGUCAGGAGGGGUGGGGGGAGCGGCAGGGGAGGGGGAAGCGGGGUUGGCAGGGGGAGAGGGGGGCAGGGGAGAGGCGAGUGGGGGCGGGGAGAUAGAGCGCAUAGUGCGGUGCGGCAACCACUACGAGGUGCUUCGCCUGGCGCCCUUCUGUGCGGCUGUGGAUGAGGGCGCCCUCAAGAAGGAAUACCGCCGCAUGGCAAUGCUAGUGCAUCCGGACAAGCAUGGGGAGGACGAGAAGAAUGCCAUAGUGGCGUUUCAACGCCUGCAGAGCGCAUACGAGGUGCUAUCAGACGAGGGGAGGCGGCGAGAGUACGAGGGCGAGCUGAGGCGCGAGCAGCUCGUGGAGCUCAUCACACGCAGGGCUGCACACAUGUGGCAGGUCCGUGCUGACGUGGCAGGUCCGUGCUCACGUGGCUGGCAGCCAAGCCCGCUGGUGCCAGGUGGGGUGCGAUGGGGUGCAUGGGGUACACUGGGGUGGAGUGGGAUGCAGUGGCAGGUGGGGGCGUGUGCAGUGGAGGCUGAUGGAGUGUCAGAGGCACCACCCAUGCAAGGAGGGGGAUGGCUGGGUGGAGCAACUUCCCCAGCCUGCCUUGUUUGGCAUGCUAUCUGUUGUGAGUGCACAUGCUGCCACACACUCUGCACUCACCAGCCGGCACAGCACUGCCACUGUCACAGCACUGCCACUGUCACAGCACUGCCACUCUCACAGCACUGCCACUCUCACAGCACUGCCACUCUCACAGCACUGCCACUCUCACAGCACUGCCACUCUCACAGCACUGCCACUCUCACAGCACUGCCACUCUCACAGCACUGCCACUCUCACAGCACUGCCACUCUCACAGCACUGCCACUCUCACAGCACUGCCACUCUCACAGCACUGCCACUCUCACAGCACUGCCACUCUUACGCCAUGCUUCUUCACUCACCUCCCCUCGUGUCACAAUGUCGCCAUCGCUUCCCCUGCCCCAUACCCCCCUUCCGUGCGAGCAGAAGGGCCCACAGCACUUCUACACGUGUACGGACGGGCAGGUCUACCACAUCACUGACUGGGCGCGCUGCCAGGUGGGUUGCGGUGCUGCCAGGUGGGUUGCGGUGCUGCCAGGUGGGUUGCGGUGCUGCCAGGUGGGUUGCUCUGCCAGCCCCCUCAGCCUCUCAGCAGCCAAUGGUUUGGGAGUGAGUGAUGUGUUUAUCAAACAUAUAUGUGAUUCUCCUGUGUGCCCCGUGCGCCCUUGCUGCUGGCAGGGCAUGCAGUGCCCGCCCAACACGCACAAGCCCUCCUUCCACUUCAAGCUCUCCACUCACCCACCCUCGCCGCCUGCAUCCUCCGCCUCGCCCAGGAGCCAGCGCCAGAGGGGCAGAGGGGGCAGGGGCAGCGCCCGGGGCAGGGAAGAGCGCGAGGAGGGGUGGGCAGCAGGCAUGGCAGGGGGCAGCAGCGGCGGCGGAGUGCGUGUGGAGCUUAGUGAGGAAGAGAUGGUGACCCUCCUCGCCCGUGCUGUGAGCACUGGCGCCUUGAGCCCCACCCAGCUCUCAGAUGCCCUCAGAACAGCAUCCCAAUGUAGUGACAAGGGCCCACCCCCUCGGCGGAAAGGCAGGCGGCAGAAACCUCACUAA